AUGAAUUCAUUCCGCAAGGCCCUCUCGGUCCAUUUUCGUGACAAUACCUCAAGCAUCUACAGUCGGGCCCCUGACACAGCCAAGGAUACUAAGCCAACUACCACGACAGCCGUCACUCCGCCACUGCAAAAGUCUUUCCCGGAAAUCAACUCACUCGACCACCAAAUCGCCAUGGCGGGAGGAUCUACGAUGGUUGUGGAAACUACGCGGUCACGACUGAAGGUGUCGAAGCAAUCUCCCAAAACCUCGCGUCGCGCAAUGAAGAAACAAUGGCUACAUCAACGAAGCCAGCAAGAGCGCGAAAAUGAAUUCUACUCCGGUUGUUUCAAGAACUUUCAUCGCCUCGUCGCGACAAUCAUGGAUUCCACUCAGGAUCUAGCUCUGCAGUACCAUUUCAAUCCCGUGGCAAGCCCCGCUGGAGACCCACGCUUGAUUCGGACCAUUGUCUUACUCAAGACCGCCCUGGACAGAUCACGAGUGGAGGAGGCGCAAGCAGAAGCAGAAUGGAAACGGCAAUGUGGUAUUUCCUCGGCAAAAAAUGCAGCCACUAGGUGGGUUUGA